GGAGACUCGAAAACGACUUGCUCUAGGGUUUUUGCCAUCUCAUAUAAAACCUGGUCACACGUUCACUGGGUUCUUUCUUUUCUGCUACCGUCUCAAAGCUUCCUGUCUCUCUGUGUUCCUAUCUCUCUCUAAUUAGCAAUGGCCGUUGCCUUUUCAGAUCUGCACACAGAAGCCGGCCUCAAGGCACUCGAGAGCUUCCUUGCUGGAAAAUCUUACAUCUCCGGGAACAAACUGACGAAAGAUGACGUCAAGGUGUAUGCCGCUCUUUUGAAGGAACCGAGCGCCGAUCUUUACCCCAAUGCCAGCAAGUGGUAUGGAGCUAUUUCCGCAAAGCUUGCGGCCAGCUUUCCAGGAACGGCUGUUGGAGUAAGCAUUGGAGGUCAAGCUGCCGUUGCUCCUGCUAAGGAAACUAAGGAGUCUGCUGCUGACGAUGAUGAUGACGACCUCGAUCUAUUUGGUGAUGAGACCGAAGAAGAGAAGAAGGCUGCAGAAGAGAGAGAGGCUGCUGCAAAGGCAUCUGCUAAAAAGAAAGAGAGUGGAAAAUCCUCCGUUCUUAUGGAUAUUAAGCCAUGGGAUGAUGAGACUGACAUGAAGAAGCUGGAAGAGGCUGUUCGCAGUGUUGAAAUGCCAGGCCUCUUUUGGGGAGCAUCAAAACUUGUACCGGUUGGUUAUGGGAUUAAAAAGCUGCAGAUCAUGCUUACAAUAGUUGAUGAUCUCGUCUCUGUGGAUAACAUGAUCGAGGAUUAUCUCACGGCCGAACCUAUCAAUGAAUACGUUCAGAGUUGUGAUAUUGUGGCAUUCAACAAAAUUUGAGAGUUCAAGCCCUAUUGUGGCUGUCAUUUUGUUAGUUUUACAUUUUAAUUUGGUUGGUGCUUGUUUCUCUCCUUUUCUUUUUAUAUUUUGUUUCUGAGUACUUUACCAAAAUGUGCUUUGGGCGAAUUAUCUCUCAAGGAAGUUAGGAAUGGUGAUUCUCAUUAACCGGGUCAUUUGCAGAUUUAUAUUUAUGUACUAGUAUGCUAUUAUUAAGGUUUAAAAUUCUAUCAUCCGAAAAAGUGGGCCCUUCUUUGUUUUCAGCUCUAGUUGCCCGCUUUCAUUUGUCUAUUAUUAUUCAAUAUAAUGGAGUUUUAACAUAAUAUAAUA